CAUUUCCUUUAUGUACAAGAACGCUUCCUCAACCUCAACAUCUUAAUAGAGAUCCAAGCUUUCGGACUAAUUGGUCCAUUUUCAGGGAAUAAUGAGAUGGCGGUUAAACAUGUUAUUUAUAAACAAUCUAUGGAAACGCAAAGAUUAUGUUAACAAAAUACAAAGGAAACGGAGAUAUGCGCGCGCUACGAGCUUCUUACAACGCGCGCCCAUUAUAUGACCUAUUUAUUUUUAUCAUAACAAAGGCUUAAAGCAGCGGCUUGAAGCUCAUAGUUAAUGGUUUUUGGUAGUCUUUUUACGUUAGCCUAUAAGGAACAUGCAGCAAGUUAGACGAGCUGCUGCAAAAACGAGUUGGUUUCAUAAUUAAGAUUGCUAAAAACGUCUAUUUUUAGACACCAUUUCAUUCAAUUUCAAAGGCACUAUAAAGRAGAAGAAUAGAAACGUCCCUGACUGUUUUCCGAAAUAAAUUCGCAAGCCGGCUAAUAAACCGUUUUCUCAAGGUUGCGUGCGCAUCAAAAUUUAAGGAACUUGACAGGCCACGAUAACAGCACACGAGUAUUAUCAAGCAUUGCUAUGAAUUUUUCUUUGAUGAGAGUUGGAUGCGCACGCAACCUUGAGAAAACGGUCUAUUCAACUAUACGUUGGUGGUCCACAGGGAACCUAGUUAGAAUAAAAGUCUUAGACAAUAAUAUGAUCCGAGAAAAAGUAUCAAAAAAUGUAAAAAGUACUAAAAAAAGUAAGAGUAUUUGAGACCAAGAAAAUGUGCUAAAAGUUCAAGGGAGUUUUUUCCGGAUCUUAAUUUUAUACUGAAAACAUCUUAGAUUGGACUCCCUGUGGAGAGCCCGAAAGAAGUACAGCGGCAAUUUCCAUAAUGUAUGUAUGACUCGUGCCACAACCUGCCCAACCAAAACAACGAGUAAUUUAGCAAAUUAAGAUACACUGUACGAAUCUUAAAGUACAUGUAAUUCUUCGAAAAUAACACUUAUUAACGGAGAAGAAAUCACACAAGAAACUUUGGAAAGAAACUGUAAAGAGUGUUGGUUUUUUUUGUUAGUAUCAUCACGCGUAGGAUCGAGCGGACUUCAACAAAGCAAUAGGGAAAAAAAAAGACGUUGGAAAUCGCGAUUUGUCGACGUUUAACACACGUAAAAUCACAGGGAACCCUACUGUCGAGCCUGAGUACUGAGUAAAAAGUAACAACCCUUCUUUGUGAUAUAGAUAGCACCUGCCUUUAUUGGAUGACUUAGCACAGCUGCGUAAUACCCAGGUGAUAAAUAAUUAAUAGUAAUUUACACCACAAAGUAUAUAUGUAUUUAUGUUACAUGGCGAGGAGGUUUCUAGAAAUCAAAAGGCUUUUGAGGCAAAAAAUAUUACCACAUGCUAAGAGCCUGUUAUCUUUUUUAUUCACUCGCUUUCCAUGCCAUAUCGCUCGCCUAAAUCGCUCGCACCGCCAUGUUAUCAAUAUACAAACUUCUGACUAAAAGAUUCGUGGAAGAAGGGGACAUGCUCGGAGGCUAUUAAGCCGUAAUUCUGUCAUGCAACUGAUAGAAAAUUGAAUUGAAUCCUAUUCCCAUUUUGGCGAUUUUGUAUCCGAUCCGUAAUGAAUGGCUAAAUCCCAGUGUCCCAAUACAUGGAAUCUCAAUUUCCCACGGUCAAAAAGAAAGGCACUUUUGUCAUUGAAUUUCAACAGCGUUCAUGAGACUAAAAAGCCAUGCCAGAGACAACAACAUUUGUGAUAUUGAAAAUUAAAUCUACGAAAUACAACUCAAAUAUUUUAUCUAUUUGUUGAAGUACUUAUGUUCCUGCUGUAUGCUGUUGUUUGGCUUGGAAUUCAAAGAGGAAACGCGUAAUAGAGAAUCAGAAGAGCCUGCAAAUUCGCUUCCAGUUAUUCGUUCUCGACGAUGCAAUUAUAGAAGAACAACUAGAAGACUUCAAGCAAUCAUUAACCACACAAAAUGCUGGCAAAUAUUUUCAAUUCUGCGGUGCUUCUGUACAUGUUGCAUCUAAGUCUUUCACAUAAAGUGCUGUUGAAAAAGAAGCACAACUCUAGUAAUCUCCAUGCCUCGUCGACGUCGACGUUUAAGAUCGCCAAACCAAGCAAAACACAAGCGAGAUGGUUGGAUUUUGAGGUUGGAGCAUCGAUACACUUCAAUAUGCAGACUUUCAAUAAAUAUAUGAAAAGAGGUGACGUUGUCCCCCCUAACACAUUCAACCCACGUAAUCUAUCAACCGACCAAUGGGUGAAGGCAGCUUCUAGUUUUGGCGCCAAGUACAUCGUGCUGACGUUGGAUCACUUUAGUGGCUUCCUGCUUUGGUCGAGUGAAACCUACAACUAUUCUGUCAAGAGCACAAAAUGGCGGGAAGGUCGAGGAGACAUCGCCAGCGAUUUUAUCAAAUCCUGUCAAAAAAUGAACGUCGAAUAUGGGUUUUUCUAUAGUGUAAAAAAAAACUGGUUCAUGAACGUAGAGGAUUUUAAAACAAAAUCUCCAAAGAAGCAAAAAACGUAUAACAGGAUUGUCCUUCAGCAGUUGAAAGAGUUAUUUCAAAACAGCUCAAAGUAUUCGGAUCCGUUCUAUAUUUGGUUUGAUGCCGGAACUGAACCUAAGGUGAAUCCUUCUAUUGGUCCACUGAUUCGUUCCUUAGCUAAGGAUUCUAUAUGCGAUGAAUGCAAGUCGUUUGCAGGAAAUCAGGGUGUUCGUUGGGUGGGCAAUGAAAACGCGCUGGCGCCUUUACCAAAUUGGUACGCCGUACAGACUGGAAAAUGUGACGUAACUCCAGGGGACCCCCUAGGGGAGGUAUUUUGUCCUGCCAGUUGUGACACGGUAAUUAGGGAGCAUUACUGGUUCUGGCAUAAAGACACGGAAUACAAAGUGAAGACCCCGCAAAGAUUAAUACAAGAGUACCUCACCAGUGUCGGAAGAGGAUGCAACUUAAUACUCAACCUUAACCCCGAUACCCGAGGUUUGGUACCCGAUAUUGACCUCAAGGUGUACCGGAUAUUUGGCCAAGGGAUCCAGCUUCUGUACAAAUCCCCGGUAGUCAAAAUCACAGCCCCUCUAUUGAAAAUUGGAAACAAUUACACGGUGAAUUCAGACCCUCUCGAAGUUAUAAAUGGCUCUCUCGUGAUGAUGGAGAAUGUCAUAGAUUAUGGUCAGUUGGUAGAGGAAUAUCUCGUUUAUUACUCCACGGUAGAAAACAAGACCGUUAAGGAGAAAGGUAGCUCUAUUGGUCAUAAAAGAAUUCAUCCAUUUCCUAAAGAACUUUAUGGACUGACUCUCAAGGAAGUCAAGAUUAAUAUAAAGAAACUGGUCAGUGGAGGAGCGAUGGUGGAGUUGAGAAGAAUUAGGAUUUAUGAUUGGAGUGAAGCUAAGAAAGAAGGAUACUUAGAUGACGAAAAAGAGUUUCUGACAAAUUAGAAAACAUUGAAAAUGACACUUAAAAAGAAAGUAAGGUUUUGGAAAAUGUAUUGCUGCUUUAUUCCGUCAGUUAAUCUACUAGCUUCUUGUAGAACGAAGCUCGUGUUUGGAUUAAGUGAUAAGACUAGUGUUCUCGUUAAGGACCAGUCGUUAUUUAAGUCGGAGAGGGGGGUGGAGGAGAAAAUGUUUUUGAUUCACAAAAUUUUCCAGACCCCAACCUAAUAGCACUCCACUCGUUUAAAGAAUCCUCUCAAUCCUCCUUCUGAUCUUUCAAGGCCUCCAUGUUCCACUAAAAAAAAUUUGAGGGCCCACCAUUUUCUCCUCCACCAAGAGGGAGCUUUGAUUCGCCUUGUUGGGCUGAGAAAAUGGGAAUUUAUGCACUGGGAAUAAGUGUUAGCAAAACAUAGGCUGGGACGAUGGGAUUUGGUCAAAAUGAGGGGCUGGGAAAUGGGAUUAGAUUCCCCCCUUAUCAAGAUUUCAAGGUUUUUUAUAUUUCUCAGAUAGUAUUUCAUAUAUCAUAUUUACAGUUUUUAUUUAGUCUAUUGCUUACUAUCAAUCACGUGACUUUUUGGAGUUGACUGGGGGGCAAACAAGCGGUUGAC